CGGCGAUUUGAAUAGUGAGGUUCGAUGGAAAACCUGCCGGAGAGAAUCUUUAAGUCCGGCGAAGAGCCAGACGGCGAUAGGGUUCACAAAUACUUCCAACUCCAAUACCUAAACGAUUUAUCGGAGCAUCUGGAGGCAGACGAAAUUUCGAAGAUCAGAGGCUCGCGGCUGGGCAAAUUGUUCGAUAUCGGGAAAAAGUUUUCUUUUUCCAACAAACUCUGUUUGUUUUUGCUUACAAGGCAGUUAGCAAUCCAGAAAAAGCAUGAGAUUUGGUUUGUUUUUGCGGGUAAGCCGAUUAGGUUUGGUCUGAGGGAGUUUGCAUCAGUGACGGGUUUGCGGUGCGAUCCAAUUUCAAUUGGAAAGGCCGAUGGAAAAAAGAAGGUGGUGAGUAAGAACAAGAUAAAGAAGAAAUCAACUGAAGCCCCUUACUGGUACACUUUGUUCGCGAGGAAUGAAGAGGUGACACCGGAGAUUUUAAUUAAACGGCUUAAAUCUGGCGUUGUCCGUGACCCCGACAUCCGAUUGAAAUAUGCUUUAUUGGUUCUGAUUGAUGGUGUUUUGUGCCCUCGAUCUUUGAAUAUGAAGAUCCAAGAAGAAACCGUAGAAGUGUUGAGGGACGUUGACAAAUUUCUUAAUCAUCCUUGGGGCAGGAUAUCGUUUGAUAUGACUAUGUCAUGUAUCAAGUCUCGAAAAGCUUCUGGGCUUGCCCAAACAAGCUUUGCUGUUCAAGGUUUUGUGCAUGCGUUGCAACUAGUUCUUUUAGAGGCUGUCCCUGACAUUGAGAAGAGCAUGCCGGUUGAUACUCCUGUCUUCGUUGGCGAGGAUUCCGAAGAAGAAGCUGUAGUGGUUGGUGCUGUGGCAUUGGCAAAGUUAAAAUUGGAGCCAAUUUGGGUGAUAGACAGUCAAGCAGAGGCUUCUGUUGAAUCUAUUAUUCCUCUUGAUGAUGCUGUUGUUGGAGACGAUUUGUCUUGGUCUGACGAGGUGGAAGAUGUGAAAGUUGAUAAUUUGGUUAGGUUAGUUCAAGAAGGCUACCAAUGGUCUGGUGAUGAAUUUGGAGGUGGUGUGGUUGUGUCUGCGCUUCCUGUAGAACCUAAAGAAAAAGCAGAAGGGAAAAAAGUUGUUAAGUCUAGGAAGAGGAAGAAGUCUCCUGUUUGUGGCAGCAGUAGUGAUGGUAGCCAGCCUGUACCAUUUUCUGAAUCCCAAAUGGAGUGGUUAGCAAAGCAAAUUAGUUCGCAAGUUUCUUUAGCUGUUAGUAGCAUGGAGGAUCGCCUGGUGUCUCGUUUAAAAGGGAAAAGUGGAGCUGGGCCUGUUGGUGGUAAGAUUGCUGCUGCUGGAGCUGUUUCUCCUGUUGCCAAGGGUAAGGUCAAACCCUCUAGCCGUGGCAAAAAGGCAGUUCUACCCAAGCGGAAACGGAUUCGUGUUGAUGGAAGGUUGAGGGAGAUUAGAGAUGAUGAUGAGACUGAAACGGCUACUGUCCCAGUAGGGGAUGAGUCUGAAACGGUUGGUGGCAAAGGAGGGGAUGAAGGAGGGGAGGAUGUUAGAAUGGGUACUCAAGAAGGAGAGGCUUCUGUUACUAUGGAGGAUGUAGAGACUGAAGAAAGAGGUGGCAAAGGAGGGGAUGAUGUUAGAACGGCUAGCCAACAAGGAGAUGCUGAGGAACAUGUUGAUGUACAUCCGGAUGAUACUGUUAAAGCAGUGCUUGAUUCUCUGAACCUGCCUAGUGAAGUGGAGGUCUCUGAGAAUUUAGCUCCUGAUCCUCAGCAGGAGGAUGUUGCUGUUCUCAGUGGAGAUGAUUGUAAUGACCAGCAGGCUGCUGCGAAAAGUGGGGAUGGUUUUAAUGACCAGGAUGGUGCUGACAAAAGUGGGGAUGGUCUUAAUGACCAGGAUGAUGCUGCCAAAAGUGGGGAUGGUCUUAAUGAUCAGGAUGCUGCUGCCAAAAGUGGGGAUGGUAUUAAUGACCAGGAUGCUGUUGCCAAAAGUGUGAAUGAUGUCGCUGAAUGUCAGGGGAAGGAAUCUAGUGAGGCUGGAACUCUUGCUCUCUUCCCGAGUGGGGCUUCUGUUGGUUUAGAGGAAAAUGUGUCAGGCGAAGGGGAUGCUAUUGAUAAGAAGUGGUUGGAAAUUGAGAAGUUUUUUGCGGAUGGCGGGAAAUAUCUUUUUGGGGGGAGCUUAUUCCUCCUAACCAAGGACGUGGAGGAGAUUGUUGGACUACAAGUUGUAUGGAAACCAUGGAUGAUGGAUGCAUUUAUCAAGUAUUUCCGUGAUAAGUGGGCUACCUUAGAGGUUGGCUUAAAUCAACCUAAGGUGGUUUUCCAGGGGACAAAAUUUGCUUCCCAUAUCCUUGGUCAUCGAAUCAAAUUUGAGAAGUCUGUGAAGAAGAAGUAUGUAUUUGACACAGAUUUGAUGGCGUGCCUGCCUCCGGAUUUUGAUACUCUCUACUUCCCAUUCAACUUUGACAAACAACACUGGGUAGGGAUGUGCCUUGAUAUCAGGGGGAGAUAUCUCUAUGUGUUUGAUUGCAACCAGAAGGUGCGUCGGGACACUAGGCUCCGGAAAGAAAUGGAACCUUUGUUGGAGAUGCUCCCUUUCGUUGUUCGUCAAGCGUCGCCUGAGCUGAUGAAAGCAGUCCCCACUGACCCAUUCAUCCUAAGCAGAGACACACAUCUUCCGACUUGUCUACACCCUUCGGAGAGUGGCCUAAUGUCUCUUUUGUUCAUAGAGAGGCAUGUAGUAGGUGGGAUUGAGGCAGCUAGAGGGGUGAGGCCUGAGGAGUUGGCUGUUCAAGCGAAGCAAUUGCUUAUUGAGAUGUAUGAUGUGUAUGCUGAGAAGUGAAUUGUUGGUUUAGGAUUUGUCCUUGUUCUUAUUGGAGUUUCUAAUUGUCUGUCUUAGGAUUUGUUACUGAAUAAUUGAAGUUUAUUUAA